AUGGCAAGUAGAACUCAGUUUGAGAAUUCCAACGAGGUCGGUGUGUUUUCCAAGCUCACCAACUCGUACUGUUUGGUGGCAGUUGGAGGGUCGGAGAACUUUUACUCCGCCUUCGAGGCUGAAUUGGGAGACGUUAUUCCUAUUGUUCACACAACCAUUGCAGGAACCAGAAUCGUGGGACGUAUGACUGCCGGUAAUAGAAGAGGCCUCCUGGUGCCUACACAGACAACAGAUCAAGAACUGAUGCAUUUGAGAAAUAGUCUGCCCGACUCUGUGAAGAUCCAGCGUGUUGAAGAGCGUCUUUCAGCCCUGGGAAACGUCAUUUGCUGUAACGACUACGUUGCCCUUGUGCAUCCCGACAUCGAAAGAGAAACCGAAGAACUCAUAGCAGAUGUACUAGGAGUGGAGGUUUUCAGACAGACCAUUGCCGGUAACGUUCUUGUUGGAUCCUAUUGCGCUCUCUCCAACACUGGAGGUCUGGUUCAUCCACAAACCUCGAUCCAAGACCAAGAGGAACUCUCGUCGCUUCUCCAGGUUCCUUUGGUGGCAGGUACCGUGAACCGUGGAUCUUCCGUUGUUGGUGCAGGUAUGGUUGUUAACGACUGGAUUGCUGUUUCUGGUCUCGAUACCACCGCUCCGGAGCUCAGUGUCAUUGAAAGCAUAUUCAAACUGCAAGACGCACACCCAGACGCUAUCUCCAAUAACCUUAGAGAUACUCUGAUUGAGACUGUUUCGAAAGGUUCCAUUCGGGCCAAGGCAUUGGAGAAGUUGGCCGUUCUUUCUGUGAAAGAUCUGGACGAUUCUACACCUUUGGAGAAAAGCGUUCCUGACACGUUUAAACAGCUGUUGGACGUGACCAAGAACCCGUCAGCCGAGUCAAACGAGAGAAAAUACAUCAGAAAUUCCGAGUACGAGGUUCUUCUUGCUUUGUGCAAAAGCUGUGAUCAUGUUAAAAGCAAAAUCCAAGCCGAGAUUUUGCUUUCACGGUUCGAGAUCUAUUUACAAGGACUUCCAGAGCAGAGGUUUUCGUCCAAAAAGACGCUGAAAACCUUUCUCCCUACUCCAUGGACCAAACUUGCGUAUGAGCUUGUUGUUGGCGUGACCACGCUUGGACUGAACUUCAAAUCUCUAGCUUCUGAAUGUCAAGAUUUAUUAUUUGGAUUUGUCAACGUGUUGAGCAACGGAUCUUCAGAUCUCAAGAUCUAUUUCUGCUAUGUUGGAUUGUUGCAAGGACUCACCAAGGACAUCAGGUUUGUGAGUUCCGAGCUUCUGCGCAAAAUUACUACCGUGUUAGACGAGUCGUUCUACUCCGGCGUUGAGUCUGCUAUUGGCUCGAUUGACGACCAUUUGUAUGUGGAGAUGGUGAACAAUUUUGAGGACUAUGGCUAUGAGUUUUCUUCGUUGUUUUUCAUGUUCUUGUACCAGAAGCUGGCGAUCGAGUACAUCAAGAACGCCAUUGGAUGCAAGCCGAACGAGUCGUUCAUUUUCCACGUUUUGAAAAACAGAGACUCUUUUGACCAAUCGACAGUAGAAAAGUCAUUGGUCAAGGAGUUGUCAUUGCGUGCGAUUGAGAACAGCAAGUACGUGAACAACGGAUCAGAUAGACUGGUCACGUCGACGUUUGGUCGCAGAAACGCUGGCUACUCCAUCAAGGCUUCCACCGUGGAGAUUCUCUCGUUUGGUUCAGAACAGACGGUUGUUGAGCUCGAUUUCAUUACAGCGUUAAUCGACGACUACCUUGAGCAAAUCCACAAGAUAGACACACACCUCACGAACGAGGUUGUUGAGAUGAUCAACUCUGAGCUGCUACCAAGCAUUUUUGCAUGUGCUGCUCUGUUGUCUUCGAAGAAGACGUUCCUUGCGCUGAGAGUCAGCAAAUGUUUCCCAACUAUCCUCUCGUUGCCACUAUUGAAGACAGAGGCCGUCGCCGAAUUGUCGCAAUCGCUGGCAUACUGCCUGAAAAACCUAUCAGAAGACGACGUUGUUUCCUGCAUCUACGGAACCACAAACAUUUUGUCCGAUGCGGUCGAGUCCAAGAACGGGAAUGUUAACGGUACAGCCGAGCUCAGACAGUCGUUGUCGGUGUCGUCAACAUCUAACGAGAUCCCCACCUCUGCUAUGACGGAAGAUGGCUCGUACUCUGUUGACGUUCUCCCGUUGAUUUACAGAAACGUGAUUGCUGCAGUUCUUGUGAUUGCUACCGAAUUCAAAGACAGCUCCAUCAAUAUCCUUGCCAUCACCAUUCUGUUCCAGAAAGUCAGAAGAACGCCUACCGAGCUGAACUGCUUGUUGUUACAAGGACUGACUGGAUUUGUCGAUGUGAUGGAGAAAAGAGAGUUUUUGAUUCUUGUGCGUCAGUUCUUUGACAUUGCCAUCAUUUCCACCAAGGACAGAGCUGCUUUGAACCGCACGUGCGCGGUCUGGGUGCACUUCUCCGAAGUGAUGGCCCAGAGAUCGGAUUCGGACCUGUACACCGUUUAUUUGCACGAGCUGCUCUCUGCUAUUGUUUCCAAAGGUGAUAUUGACGAUCUGGAACACCACCGGUCCAACAACGAGGUUUCAUUAUCUGCCACCGAGAUCUCGUUGUAUUUGAAGCCGUUGGCGUACCUUCUCCCUUCUGUUGACCAGGAACCGCGUAUUCCAACUAACAAGGAAACCGUCAACUUGUUUAAAGAUGUCUGGUUCAACUUGUGCAUCCAUGGCUACUCGUACAACUCUGAGCUACUUAUGGCAAAUUACGAGAGUUUGUUGAGAAUUGCACACAGUUCGCCGGCUCUGGCUUCCGAAUCUACUUGGAACAGAACAGAGACUUCGAUCGACAUGAACACGGUUUUGAGAAGAGGAACUUCUAAACACACCGAGAAGUUGCACAAGGAUGUGUUGAGCUCCAUUAUCACGUCCAAGUCGAUCGACGCCAAGGUUUUUGAGACCCAGAUCGCCAGACCAAAGCUGAUGUUUUUGGCGUCCAAUCUGCUGCUGGAGAGCCUGAGAAUGGAAACCGGCGACUGUGCCACGUCUCUGGAAUAUCUCUCAGACCCAACGUUGUCAAUUUCUGGACUCGAGGACUUCUCGGGCUCGAUCGCUUUCUAUGUGACGUCGCAGUACUUUAGACGUGUUCAAAAAGGCGGGUCUGCCUCGUUUACCCCGUCCAAAAUCACCCAACAGCUCCAGAGACUGUUCAUCUACUGCUGUCACAGAGACUUCAGUUUGCAGAACACCGCGUUGCAGUGCACAGAGCUGCUGAUUUUGAGAUCGCCGUCGCUGCUCUGCUACGAGAAAUCGUUGUUCUCGCUGCUGGAUGUUCUGGGACUAUUGUACGAGAGUGUCAUUGAUGCAGACACCAACGAGUACGAACCGCAGAUCGAGUUUUCUGCGCCUCUUUCGGGAAUCAAACUGCUGCUUUCGGACUCGUACAAGUGGAGACACUCUACUUUUGAGCUGUUGACCAAGGCUGCAAGAAAAUGGACCACUUUGUGUUUGGUGAAAUGUCCUCAGGACACCAAAUCGCUGCUCCAAUCGUAUAUCAGCAAGAUGGACAUCACAUCCAAGAAGAUGGUCAAUUACGGAGUCACCUUUGCUUUUGAGAUGGCCGGUAAAGUGCUACCUGCUGACCGUGAACUGUCCACUAUUGACGAGUCUACCGGAAGACACAUCAACACCACGUCUGUGUUUUUGUCGCAGUUCCCUUGGAAAGCCAACCGGGCGGACUUGGUCUCCAAGUGGUCUGAGCACAAGCUGGUCACUUUUGGCUCGAUUCCGCAACUCACCAGAACGGGCAUUGCCAAUCUAAGAAAGAAGGUGGAGCAAAAAACGCCUAUUUGGUCGUCCGAGCUCGAGUCGACUCUCCACGAGUCCACGAGAUUGAUCAUUCUGUCGAGUCAAAGUGAGGGCGAGCUAAUCAAGGAGGUGGUGGACAUUCCGUUCUUGAUCUUUAGCGCAGACUCGAUUGAUCUCGGAAUCAGACUAUGGCUAACCAUCAUGAAGGAAAGACCCGAGCUGUCGAGUCUUGUUCUUUCUGAGAUUUGCAAGAGACUCGAGGAGUCUAUCAAGCUCCAGAAAGGUCUGUACAGCAAACAGUUUGAUAUCAAGAACUCCAAGUACAACAAGAUGGAGUACGUGCCAACCAGCAAGGCCCUGAUCGAUUUCAACGGCAAGAACGCUGCAGACCAUAUAAAGCCACACCUGCUUCUUUUCAGAUUGAUGGCUUCUCAUUUUGAGGCCACGCGGUACCAGAGCUCGCACAUCUUCAAGAUGUUCACGCGGACGAUUCUGAUUGCGCUGCUGAGUCUGUCUUCUGCCAGCACGCAUCCGUUUUCGAGACUCACUCGUUUCGAGCUCAUCAACCUCGGUCUGGCGCUGCUGAAGGUGCACAGAAGUCUGGGAACCACGGACGUGGGCAGCCUGACUUCUGCCGUGCUGAGCGGCGCAUUGUCGUGGUUCACCAUCAAACACCGUGCUCCGUACGGCAACAACAAGGUCAAGAUCAGAAGCGACUUCAACCUGCUCAACAUGGUGGCCAAGCUGGUGUCUGACCUGCGGUACCCGGAGGAGUCUUUGGCAGAACAGAAGAGGGUCAUUCUGCUGCUGUUCCUGGACCACGAGAUCAGUUUCCUGGCCACCUGGCUAAAUCCACUAAACCCUGUGGACACAACUGGCUCGUACAGCAAAACGAGACCAACGGACCGCAUUCUCGCCGACGCGUUUGCUAUUGACGGUCGGCUGGCAAUCAACCUCGUGGAAAGAUACAGCACGUACUCGUUCGACAAGCCAAUGAGACAGCUGGUCCAAAGCAAUCCGCUCAAGGUGAUCGACAACCCCGCCGCGCUCAAGUACCUGCUUGAUGGCGAGAACAACAAGAACUCGCACCUGGUGGUGCUCUGGGAGGUUGCCUCGCCGUCGGACUCGAUCAACCUGUUUCUUCCUCCGUUCAACAAGAACUCCAUCAUUCUGCAGUACACGAUGCGGUCGAUUGAGAGUUUCGACGUGCAUCUGACGUUCUUCUACAUUCCUCAGAUCGUUCAGGCUCUGCGGUUCGACCUGCACCUGGGCUACGUGCGGCGGUUCAUUUUGGAGACCGCUAAGGUGUCGCAGCUGUUUGCGCACCAGAUUAUCUGGAACAUGUCUGCCAACUCGUACAAAGAUGAGGACUCGACCAUUCCCGACGACCUGAAGCCGGUGCUGGACGAGAUCCGCGACACGAUGGUGGGCCACUUCACGCCGGACGACCGCGCGUACUACGAGAAGGAGUUCAGUUUCUUUGAGGAAGUGACGAGCAUCUCGGGCAAGCUGAAACCGUUCAUCAAGAGCAGCAAACCGGAGAAAAAGGCCCAGAUCGACAAGUACAUGGCGGCCAUCAAGCUCGAGGAAGGCGUGUACCUGCCUAGCAACCCUCAGGGCCAGGUGGUGGACAUCAACCGGCUUUCUGGCAAGCCGUUGCAGUCGCACGCCAAGGCUCCGUUCAUGGCCACGUUCAAAAUCAAGAAGGAGGUCGAGACCGUGGACGGCGGGAAGGAGUACCAGGUCGAGGACAUGAGUGCCAUCUUCAAGGUCGGCGACGACUGCAGACAGGACGUGCUUGCGUUGCAACUGAUCUCGCUGUUCCGGACGAUCUGGCUCGACGCCGGCUUGGACGUGUACGUAUUCCCCAACAGAGUCACAGCCACGGCUCCCGGGUGCGGUAUCAUCGACGUCUUGCCAAACUCGAUCUCCAGAGACAUGCUCGGCCGUGAGGCCGUUAACGGGCUGUACGAGUACUUCAUCAGCCAGCACGGGCCAGAAACCUCGAUCGAGUUCCAGCGCGCACGCAACAACUUUGUCAAGUCGCUCGCCGCCUACUCCAUCAUCACCUACCUGCUGGAAAUCAAAGACAGACACAACGGAAACAUCAUGUACGACAACCAGGGCCAUAUCCUGCACAUCGACUUUGGGUUCUGCUUCGACAUUGUUCCUGGCGGUGUCAAGUUCGAACAGUCUCCGUUCAAGCUCACCAGAGAGAUGGUGCGUGUGAUGGGCGGGUCCACGGAGACCCAGUCGUACAAAUGGUUCGAGGAGCUGUGUGUCAAGGGAUUCUUGGUGUGUCGGCCGUACAUGGACUCGAUCAUCAACAUGGUGGUGCCAAUGUUGGACUCGGGACUGCCGUGCUUCAAGCCAGCCACCAUCAAACACCUCACCGCACGGUUUGUGCCCAAGAAGAGCGACAAGGAGGCCGCAAAGUAUAUCCGCGGCCUGAUUCGCAAGUCAUUCGAGUCGCUGGCCACCAAGGGCUACGACGAGUUCCAAAGACUCACCAACGGCAUCCCGUACUGA